ACCUGGGAGUAGCUGGUGGGUUAGAACUGCUGAUCUUAUACUCAGUAGCUCAAUGCAUAACCCAUUACAACACCAGGCCGCCUAGCAUGUGGGAAAACAUUCACCAACUGCCUCUACUAAAUAUGUGAGGAGGCUUACUUUUGAAAAAUCAUGAACUUGCAAGGAAUAUGGAAACAUUUACAAAUAUUUAGCAAUUCUUAGAAGAUACUAUCCUUUGGAUUGAUCUUACGAAUGUAAAAGAUGAGGAAUCCUCAGUGAUAUCUUUUCACUCACCCUGAUGAGACUUUGCAGAGAAAUUCUGUGACUGUAGGCCAAGUUACCUUUGGGUUAUGCUCUUUGAUUCUGGAUACCUAUCAAAAUGUUAUUUGGGUUUAUAAAAGAACUGUCAUAGAAGUUGUCUUUUAUUAAUGUAUCUAUGUCAUGAAUUUAAAAAGUCUUUUAUAAAAUAUAUAUAUAUAUGAUCUCAUGAAUUCAUUGCUACCUUGAAGUGUGUUUUCCUUUUACCAACUGUAUUUUUUAAGUUUUUAUACUUUUCCACAUUAGAAUGUAAUGUGUCCUAAUUUUAGAAGUUUUUCAUUUAAUGGGAAACUAAGGAAAACAGUGAAAAAACACUCAGUGUCCCACCACUCUUCGUGUUGGUAUUUCUUUUUGCCUUCUUUGUGUGCAAAGCAGUGUUUACUUGUAGAAUAUGAGUCCAUGCUGUACGUGCAAUGAUAUAUAACUAUCAUUUUUCGCUUGUUUCAUUUCUUUCCCACAAUUAUGAUCCCCAGUUUAAUAGUGAGAAAGCCCACACAGAAAGUUUUAACCCAAAUUCUCAUCACCUCACAAAAAUAGUCCCGCACAGGCGGAACUGUGGCAAGCAUGGUGUGCAUGGAAGCAAGCCUCCUCUAGGAGCAACGGCUUGACAGUCUUAACAUAUGUCCAGAUGAUGAAUUUUGAGACAGGGUCUUACUUUUGGCAAAUUUGUAGGUUCCCGAAGCAUGUGGCAUCAGGAACUGAGAGUGCCGUUACUUGUGGGCUCUCCCUGAUACGUGUACCUCCGCAGGGUCAUAUAACGCCCCGCCUCUGAGUCUUCCCAGAGCUGCCAACAAUUGCCCAUUGCACGGCCUUUGAAUCUAUAGUUUCAAUAGCUAAUCCCUCAGAAAUGGGCAGCCUACUCCUUAUUCAUAGUCUUGCCCUUCUGUCUCUGUUUCACUUUAGAAGCUCAGCUGAAAUCUGCCCACCAUGAGUGAUCCCAUGGGUAUUUGAAAUGCAGGUGGUAUAACUUUCAUCAUUUAAACAACACACAGUCACCACAGUAUGGCAAAUUGGUAGAUUAGUGCUUCCAAACCAAACUUGCUGCCAUCGAGUUGAUACCAUCUCAUAGCAAGAGAAUAGGGGCACCAAAGAAGCUGGGGCUACAGACUCUAGACACAGUUCCCCUAGAACUGAGAGUGUUCCCCUUGGCCCAGUGUCCUGAUCCAAGUUUCUAGUUGCCUGAACUGUGAAAGAGUACACUUCUAUCUUUUAAAGCCACCCAUGGUUUUUCUGUUGUUGCAACACUGGGAAAUUUGUGGCAGUAACCUUAGCUCAUCUUACAACCACCUGGGGAAAUUGUGAAAUACUCAUCACUGACUCCCAACCCUAGAAAUAACAAUUUAAUUGAUCCUGAAUGGGACGCAGAGACCAGUCAUUUAAAGAUGUUUCCCAUGUUAUUCUAGUGAGCUGCAGCACCGGAGAAACCCUGGCACACUAGAAAGCUGCUCAUUCCUGAUUUUCAUUAGAAACUCAGAUAUCUUUAAAAAUGAAGUAGGAGGCCCUGGCCCCACUUACAGUUUGGUCUGUAUCAUCCAGACAUACCUAUUUUUUUUUAGUAUAUGUGCUGCCGAAGCGAGCACACCAUCCAGAUAUUCCUAAUGUUAAUAUAAUUCCCACACUUGAGUGCCAUGGAGUCAAUCCCAACUCACGCGACCUGAUAGCACUGCCCCUCUUGGGUCACUGAGACUACAUCUUUGUGGGAGUAGGUAGCCUCAGCUGUCUCCUGAGGCACAGCUGGUAGGUUUUAACCAUGGACCUUGUGGUUGACAGCUCAGUGCAUAGCCCACUGCCCUAGGGCUCCUUGUUAAUAACAUCAGCUGUGUUUCAUGCAAGCCAAGGCCUAGGGCCAGGCCUCCAAAGAAGCUGGAGGAGUACUUAUCCUUGCUGUCUUUUACAACCUUCGGCGAUUUAAAAAUUCCAAAUGUCACAUAGGCUGCAUCCCAGACCAGAGGAAUAAGAAUGUGGGCCGGGGGUGGUGGAAGUGCUACCAUCAGUGCAUUUUAAAACUCCAGGAAAUCUCAAUGAAUGGGGAGAAGAAAACUAAAUUCCCUGAGUCUAAUGCCAAAUCAAAUUCUGGUGAUGCCGACUGAUGAAACCCAAAUUCUUCCAUUUUCUCUGGGGCUGUUGUCUGCAACCACAGCUGAAUCUGUUUUACCUAAUUGUGAGAGGAUAUUUGCCUAACUUUGGGGCAGCUCUUACAAGGAAGAUGACCUUUGGAAGAUAGGUUCUGGGAUCAGAUAGCAACUCUGAAGUAGAUCACAUCCGCCGCUCUCCUACAGGAAGGGAGGACGGAGAAGAUCUCUGGGUUUCCAGGUCUCCACCUCAAGUGAUUUUGCCAGUGGUCAUCAGACACGGAUUCUGAUGCCCAGGUCCCUGCAUUUUCCAGGCAGAGACAUGCUCUCCACAUCUCAGGCACGUGUUAAGCGGAACAGCUCUGAGACCACGGCGGAACCUGCAGCAGCUGCUUUUCCAAGCCAGCGCUUGCUGGGGAAGCUCAAGAGAAAUAUGAUACCUCACACUUCAAAGAGGAACCGUGCUCUUGAGACCAAGGCCAAGUGGAAACCUGCUUUAAGUUUUAACACUCCGCUAAGGAUGACGACCUGUAUAUUCCAGAAGCCAGUUAGUAGAAUCACUUCUCACUCAGGCACUGAGGUCAGGUGUAGUCAAUGGGAGGAGAAGUUAAAGAAGCCCCAGCAGGUGUGUGCUUACAGGAGACUAGAAGGACUUCAGGCCUGCAGCAGUUCAGGAGAACCCUUAGAUACUUUGACCUUCACAGAUAUAAUAAAAAUUGUACCAGGUGGUCCAGAUGAGUUUCUGGUUUGUGACUGUAAUGGUGGUCCAUGUCCUCACCCUAAACCCACCUCCGGCUACUCUUCAAAUAUGGCAGAGAUCACCCCAGGGGUGAAUCUGCGUUUCUCACAGAGCUUUCGUGGCCUGUUGGUCACUCCUGUAGAUAUUAGGAGACAGACGCUGAAAGUGAAGAAAGCAAGGGAGAGGCUGACUCUGGCCUUGAGGGCAGACAGCUUCAUCAGGGAGGUGGAGAGAGCCAAGAGCCUAGCAGAACAUUUGAAAACUAGAUGAAACAUAGAAAGGAGUGCUGAAGAAACUGAUGGCUUGGCACUUGAGAACUCUUCAGCUCACUAGCAUGUCUUUUCAAUGUCCACCCUGUUUAUCUGUAUUAUGAAUGCUUUGUGUUAUAUCCAAAUUGCUUUGUAUGAACUUCUUUGAGAGACACAAAAUAUGAAGAGUAGAUUGUUUUGUGGAUGAGAGAUUGUCUCUCAUGUAACAAGAAGGAGAUCUGUACUUUUCAGUAUAUACCUCAAUUUCCAUAUACCACAAUUUUUUUAUGUUAAAAUCUAAAGGGGUAGAGUCGUUUUCUUUUGCUUUGCAGCUAUUGCAUUCUUUUAAAAAAUGUUUUUGUCAACGCUGUCUAAAAGUAAAUCUAUCAGCCCCAUUUUUCCAACA